AUGUCCCUCAACCGAUUUACGACGAGUCUACUCAGGCCCUCCGGGGCGGUGAGGCAGGUCGGGCAACUUCACCAGCGACGGCGUCUAAGUUUGUACGAGUACCAGUCACAGGCGCUCAUGAGAGAGGCCGGAAUCCCGGUACCCAAAGGAAAGGUAGCGGAAACGCCCGCACAGGUUCGCGAGAUUGUCAAGGAUCUAGGCGGCGAAUGCGUCGUCAAGUCACAGAUGCUCAAAGGUGGCAGGGGAAAGGGAUCUUUUGACAAUGGGCUUCAGGGAGGAAUCCAUUUCGUCAAGAGCCCCGACCAGGCUGAGCAGGUUGCUGCCCUGGUCCAGUGCGAGGAGGAGUGGUAUCUUGCCAUGACAAUAGACCGAGAGGCCUACUCUCCCGUAAUCAUCCUGUCUAGAAGCGGCGGUGUCGACAUCGAAACACUCGCGAGGACCGCCCCGGAGAAGCUGCAUACCUUUCACUUUAGUCUCUCCCAAGGGAUAACACCCGACCUCGUGAAACACGUGGCCACGAGUCUCGAUGCGUCGCAGAUCGAGACAAACAAUCUACGAGAUAUCCUCGAGCGCCUCUUCAAAAUAUUCUCUGAAAAAGACGCCACGCUUCUGGAGAUCAAUCCUCUCGGCCUCGGAGCAAAUGGCUCUUUAACCGGCCUCGAUGCCAAAUUCUCCUUCGACAAAGCCGCUGAGAAGAGGCAGCGAGACCUCUUUGCCCUACGAGAUCCCGCCCACGAUGUGCCCGAGGAAGUCGAGGCGGAACAGUAUGGCCUAGUUUACGUCCGCAUGGAAGGCACCAUUGGCAACGUCGUCAACGGAGCCGGCCUAGCCAUGGCAACAAACGACGCCGUCGCGCAUCACGGUGGGGCGAGUGCUAAUUUUCUAGACGCCGGGGGCCAGGCUACUCGGGAAACGAUGCAAAAGGCGUUCGAGAUCAUCCUACGGGAUCCGCGGGUCAAGGCCAUCUUGGUCAACGUGUAUGGGGGCAUCACGCGCUGCGACAUGAUUGCCGAGUCUAUCAUCGGUGCGGCCAAGGAUCUUGGGGGAUUCCGGGUACCAGUGGUGGCGAGACUGCAAGGGACUAAUUCUGCGGAGGGACUAAGACUACUUGAUGACGCGAAUCUUGGGAUUCAUACCGAGGCCGAGUUUGGGGAGGCUGCGCGGAAGGGCGUGAAGCGGCAUAGUGAGCUCGAAAUUCAGCAGGCGGUGCUCAAAUCGUGGGGCUUUCAUUGGCAAAUUCUCGGUGACGAUGGCACCAAGGCGGCGAUACUUCCCCACGACAACGAAGGAACACCGACCAAACUUCACAAGUAUCUCCAGAAAAAUCGUUACAAGGCCGAAGCCAUAUUCAAAGCCCUUUCGGCUCUUGUCGAUACCCUUUCUGAUCAGAACAAACUCGGAAAUCGCUAUGGCAUCCAACUCAGGCGCACUGAAACCACGCAGGAUGAAUCGGCGCAUACUGGCGGCAUCGACUUGGUGAUCCCGGAUACAGCAAUCAUACAAAUCGAGCCAGUCAUCGCGGAGGCAAAGAACCGUCUUUCUGUUCUCGCUAAGCUUAAGUGGGCUAUGAAGGAUAGAGAGAACUUCAAGAAACUCAUCGCCGAGUUAAAGUUCCACGGCGACACACUCUAUCGCCUCUGCCCCGAGAAUGCGGUCCCCUCGAUGAACAUCUAUUUCGUUAUGGAAUGCGUGGCGGGACAGGAGUCUCCCGCGGGACUAAAGUGGACUUCCAAGCUUGCGGCCGAACACGCUCAAGUCGAUGAUAGCUUUUCAAUGCAAGAGGCGUAUAAGCUGUUAGCCUCAGCGGCCAUUCUCAAGGCAUCCGUCAACGAAAACAAAGGGAAUACGGCAACCCCUAACGAUGAGGCUCUAGCCAGCAUCGAGGAGGCUCAACCUCAACUGCAUUAUCUGGGGAAGGGACUUGGGACCUUUGAAGGGCAGGUCGUAUAUGUCGAGAUGCGCGACUACCGCGGGCCGCCCUCCGAUCUUACCCCGGAGCAAAAGAAGCAAAUCAAGGAGCAAGAAAGGAAGAAGCGUGACCGAAGAAAGCGAAAAGUACUCGAAGCAAUCACGAUAAACAACGCCUUCUCAGCGGCUCGUUCAUAUGGCAAGUAUGCCUCAAGUUCGUUGAAGGGCAGCCUCAGUAGCAGUAGCGAAGAGGAGGAUGAGGAGGAUGAGGAUGAGGACGUCGCGCCGAUUGAAAUUGUCAGGCCCGCCGACCCCAGACUGCGUGCCGUUGUCAAAAACUUCUUCAACACAUUCAAGGGUGAAAAUGGCCAUUGCAGCAUCCUCUACAAGCUACCUGGCACGACGGGAGUCCAAACGCGGGAGCGGCCUGCGGAAAACCUCAAGCUUCGUGCUCCUGUGGCGCUGAAGUCGCUUCUCGGCAUGGAGCGCGUGUUAGGCAUCGAUGCCUCGCUCGGUGCGCGGUUCCGCUUAGCGCGCAAGCUUGUGCGUGCUGUGUGUCUGCUUCACUCGAGCGGCUGGCUGCACAAGAACAUACGCGCCCAGUCGAGCAUCUACGGCUUUGAUAUGGUAGGAAAAGGCAUGCUCAAAAAUGUAGCCAAAGAUUCCACUGUUAGUGGCUUCACGCUGGACUAUUACCAACACCCGGCCAAGCAUGCAAACCCCAGACGUUUGUAUCGACACGCGUACGAUGUCUACUCACUCGGCAUUCUAUUGCUUGAGAUCGGUCUCUGGAAGGAAUUACAUGACUACAAGCACUCUGGCGACGGGGAUGAGGAUCACUACGAGCGCAGACGCUGGGUGUGUGACGAGUAUCUCGGCCGCCUUAGAUGGGUCUGUGGCGACACGUAUGCCGACGUUGUGCUCAGUUGCCUCAUGAUUGACAGCAGUGAUGAGGAAGCUGAGAAGGCGAGCGAGAGGGAGCUAUGUGCUCAACUUGUAGCGGGUCUAGAGAACUGCCAAGCUUGA